AUGGGAACCAAGUCUAAGAAGAAGGCCAAGACACGUCUUGAUGCGUACUACCGCCUCGCUAAGGAUCAGGGUUACCGCGCUCGUUCUGCGUUUAAACUCAUUCAACUCAAUCGUAAGUAUGACUUUCUUGCCAAAAGUCGCGUACUUGUGGAUCUCUGCGCUGCGCCUGGAGGUUGGUGUCAAGUGGCUGCCAAACACAUGCCUGUAGGCUCUAAAAUUGUCGGUGUGGAUUUAGUUCCUAUAGCCCCUAUUCGUGGUGUGAAAACCUUUGUGGGUGAUAUCACAGACGAUAAAACACGAAAGAUUAUCAUUACUUACUUAAAGAAAGAACCAGUGGAUUGUGUAAUUCACGAUGGUGCCCCUAAUGUUGGUGGUGUUUGGUCACGUGAUCUCUUUGAACAGAAUGCUCUUGUUUUGCAUGCAGCCAAGAUGGCCUGUUCGAUGCUGCGCCCAGCAGGCUGGUUUGUGACGAAAGUAUUCCGUUCACAAGACUUUCAUAAACUCAUGUGGGUUAUGCAGCAGUUAUUUGAUAAGGUAGAGGCUACUAAACCAUUGGCAUCUCGUAUGGAGUCUGCUGAGAUAUUUGUGGUUUGCGCUGGAUUUAAAGCCCCUAAACAAUUGGAUCCGGCAAUGUUUAAUGCCCAAAAGGUCUUUUCAGAUGUAGGCGAAGAGAAAAUUCUCACCCCAUCAGGAGCACUUGUUGUACCAAGAUCUAAUGUACCAGUGGGAUAUACGGAAUUCGCUACAGUCUCACAUCAUGUUGCCGCCUUCACGGAUUUUCUAAAGUGUGAUGAACCAAAAACGUUUCUACGUACACAUCAUGAGUUACGUUUCGCCACACCAGAGGAUAAGGUUUACUUAAAAUCACGACACUCUAAGAAAGAGUUGGUAUACCUUUGUGGAGAUUUACAGCAGGUGGGUGAUGCUGACUUGAGACGUAUGUUACGUUGGAGAGAACAACUCCUACGGGAAGAUGAACGGAAACGUAAAUUGGCCGGUAUUCCUGAAGGGGAUGAUGAGUAUAAUGAUGAAGAAGAUGAGGAAAGUCAGGAUAACGCUGAUAGUAAUGCUGCCAAAGAUGAUGAUGAUGAUGGGAAGAUUGACUUUGACAGUGCUGAAGGUGUGGCAAAAAUAGCUCGUGAACUUCUGGAAUUACGUAAAAGGCAGUCCAAAGAGCUUAAGAAGAAGCAGAAGAAGAUUGUUGACCGUAAACUGAAGCAAAUUAAGGGUUUGAUUAACUACGAUCCCUCAGGAGGUGCUGAACAAGUGACAGAUGGAGAUGGAUUCAUGAAAGAAGGAGGUGCAGAUGAUGAUGAGGAUAAUGAAGAUGCCAAUGAUGAUAACGAUGAAUUUGAUGAAGGAUUCACGGUAGAAAAAUUGGCUCUCGUUGACGAGGUGGAUGUUGCGAAGAUACUUGAUAAACACUGGGAGGAACCUGAUGAACGUCUAAAUGAUCCACUAAAUCCUGUAAUGAAUGCUAACCUCAAUGCUGAGCAAGAUUGGGACUUGGGUAAGGAUGAAGAUGAUGAGAAUGAUGAAACGAGCAGCAAUAUCACUGAUGCUAGAGGUCCUUUACAACUUGUUGAAGGCGAAGAGGAUGGUGUGGAUGUGGAUAACUACGGUAACUACAUUCCUGCAAAGCGUUCUGCACGUGUUACUCUCUAUGAAGAAGGUCUUGUCGAUCAUAAUGAAGAGGAAGAGGAGGAGGAAGAAGAAGACGCUGAGGACACUGCAGAAAACAGACGAAAGGCUAAAGAUCAACAAGAUCUCGAUAAUGCCGGUAAACAGAGUAAGUGGCUUCGUCACCACGUUAAUGUGGAGAAGGUGUUAAACCAAACCUUUCCAAAACCACGAGAUAACGGGAAACAGAAGAGAAAUAAACGAGCACUGGAAGAAGAUCGUGUGGAGAUGGCAGCGGCAGCUCCGCUAAACGUUGCGGAUUCACUUAACGGUCAUGCUGCACGUAAGAAGACCCGCUUUGAUGAUCGCGUGGACGACGAUGAUGAUGAUGAUAACUUCUCUGACCUCUCAGAGGAUCGUUUUAGCGAUGAUCGAAGUGAUCUUGAGAUUCGCACCGGACGUGAGGACUCACGCCGUAAACGUGCCAUCAUUCCAGAUAUUGGUAAACUCACUACACAGGAACUUGUACGGCAGCAGCGUAAACAAGUAUUAAAAGAAAACGCUGAAUUACGUAAACGAAGUGCCCGUGAAAAUGGUAACAGCAGUAAAGUUAUCAAGAAGAAGACCAGUACGAAUGGUGGUGGAAAUCGUAAAGAUGAGACAACAUUUGAGGAAAUUCCUGUUGCCCUCACAGAUCCACACGUCCGUGCCCGUACAUUGGCUAUUGCAACCAAAAUGUUGGAUAAAAAGGGUCGUCGUGAUAUCCUUGAGGCCUCUAUUAACCGCUAUACCUAUAAUGAUGAUGAGGAUCUCCCGGAUUGGUUUAUCAAGGAUGAACAGCGUAACUGCAAGGUGAUACUUCCUGUCACGGCAGAGGAGAUUGAGGCGCAGCGUGUGCGCUUCCAAGAAAUGAACGCGCGGCCUGGAAAGAAGGUGAUGGAAGCCGUGCAGCGUAAACGUAAGCGGGCACAGCGUAUGUUGCGCGGUAUGAUUGAAAAGGGCAAGGUGGAUCCACGUGCACGUGAGAAGGCAAAUAACAUGUCCGUUCGGCGGUUAAUGCGCUCGCAGGCGUUGAAGAGCAGUGAUGGACGACUGCAGAAGAAAAAGAAGGGACCACUUGACCGUAAAAAGAUGGGUGAAAUGCGGCGUACGCGACAACGCUUGAAGCGUCAGAAGUAA